CGUCACAAAGAGAGCCCCAGGGUGGCUGCACGAGAAGAGAGUAGUGCUAGUAAGAAUAUAGGAAAUGAAUUACUACAGCAGGCUGCACUUUAUCUGGAUCGCCUUUCUAAUCAAAUAAGAAACUGACAUGGUCGCGCAAGGAUUGCAUAAUUACACGCGGAUCCUCCUGAAUAACAGCUGAAGGUAGACAGACGCACAGGACUGUUAACUCUUGAGGGUUUUGUUUAAAUGCACAGACCAUCUUCUGCACUGUGCUGGAGAAUCCAUUUAUAAAUCGGCUAGCACGCACUAAAAUAAUCAUUUGAUUUUAAAUUUGCGGGAUGUGGUCAGACUGCCAAAGACUAAGACAUCUGGUUAUAUUGAUGAAUCUAAAAGGAACUACAUGUGACUAUAUGUAGGCAUCAUUCUUUUUUGAUCAUCUGGCAUUGCACAGUGGCAGCAGGAGUAUCAUAAAUACACGUCCUGUCUGAUAGUCUUAGUGCUGAGUCCAGAGACGGCGUGUCCAUGACCUCCACUCUACUCAUGCUAACGCAAGAAUUGAAACAGAUUUGAUUGUUAACCCAUCGGCAUCUGGCUCUGCUGUUCGCUAUUUUAACAACACGAAAAGGCAACAUUGUAAGGCGAAGCAACAGCGAGGAGAAGGAGAAUGGCUCUGAUGGUAGAACGAGCCCGGAGGCUGGGCUGGAUUCUGCUGAAAGCCGUCCUCCGCUUCUCCUUCAUGGCCAUCAAUAAUCUUGUUGCCAUCCCUUCGUAUGUUUUAUAUUUGAUAGUACUGCAGCCUCUCCGGCUGAUGGACAGUCGCACUUUUUGGCACAUUGAAGGAGUGAUGUUUAAAUGGCUGUUGGCAAUGGUGUCCUCGUGGGGCUGGGCUGCGGGAUAUACAGUAAUGGAAUGGGGAGACGACGUCCGGCCUAUUUCAGAAGAAGCAGCUGUGGUAAUUGCGAACCAUCAGGCGACGGGAGACGUCUGCACACUAAUGAUGUGCCUACAAGACAAGGGGACGGUGGUCCGUAAGAUGAUGUGGCUAAUGGAUCACGUAUUCAAAUACACAAAUUUUGGCCUUGUAUCGUUAAUCCAUGGGGAUUUCUUUAUCAGACAGGGAAAAGCACAUCGUGACAAACAGCUGUUCUUGUUAAAAGAUCAUUUAGACAAGUACUACCACAGCCGGGACCGAAAGUGGAUAGUUCUGUUCCCCGAAGGGGGCUUUCUGAGGAAACGGAGAGAAACCAGCCAGGCUUUCUCAAAGAAGUACAACCUGCCAUUUCUGAAACACGUCACCCUGCCCAGGAUGGGUGCCACGAAGGUCAUCCUGAAAUCGCUCGGCCCCCAGCAAGAGAAUGGGAGCCUGGGGGCAGGAGACGCUACAAGAUCAGCAAGCAAAUCCAAAGGUUUGCAGUGGGUCGUUGACAUCACCAUUGCUUAUACAAAAGCAAGACCAAUGGACAUUCAGACCUGGAUCCUUGCCUACAGACCACCUGCAGUCACACAUGUACAUUACAGGAUUUACCCCAUUAAAGACGUUCCCGUAGAGACGGAGCCCCUCACAAACUGGCUUUACCAGCGGUUUGUAGAGAAGGAAGAACUUCUUGCCCAUUUUUAUGAAACAGGUGCUUUCCCACCUCCCGAAGGCCAAAAAGAAGCCGUUUCCAAGGAGAUGACCCUUGACCCUGUAUGGCUUUUUCUUGUACAGUCAUUUGCCUUUGCAUCUGGCUACAUGUGGUACAACGUCCUCCAGUAUUUUUAUUAUGUUUUUUUUUAAAACAGAAAAAAUAAAUAAAUGACAAAAUACUAUUCGGACCUCAACUGUUGAACUAGGGCACAAACAUCAUGUUGUUCGUGUGAAUGCCAAUUUACGCUGUUGGAAGACAUAGAUGGAUUAAUGGACAAUUGUUCACCUUCUUUUGAAAUCUAAUUUAAAAAAAAACCUACAAGAAAAAAACAACAACUUGCAACUAAAACCGUGAAAAGGAUUCAGAGAUAAUGUAGAUGUAGUGACCUUGUAGAUGGUAAAAUCCUGCCCCCAUCUCUCUCUCUCUCUCUCUCUCUCUCUCUCUCUCUCUCUCUCUCUCUCUCUCUCUCUCUCUCUCUCUCUCUCGGAGGCCCCUGAACCUCGCUGAGUGGGAGGGUGAGGGCCUUCUUGGCAGAAUGUUGCUCUUUCUCCUGGAGAAGACCUUUCCUUCAGAUUGUUCUAUUAGUACACUGUCUGUUGUCCUUUGAGACAACCAUGAGGUUCACUCAGGGAGAAGCUCUCUGUCUUCUAAACCUUAAUCUGAUGGGAGUCGGGAGAAAGCCACUGCAGCCGUGGUUUGGUUGUUGGGUUGAAGUUACCUUCUCCUUUUAGUGUCCCUUCUUGCACUACAAAUAUAUGAGCCACCAGCCCUUGAGGUGGCACACGAGCUGCCACCCGUCUCUGUGGUACCUGCAGUGCCAACUUGGGAAUUCAUUUUGGAUGCUACUUCACCUUGUUUACACUAGGCACCCAACUUGAGAUGAACUCCAGUUUUGCCUGUCUCCAUCUUCUGAAAGUUUUGACUUUUUAUUUUAUUCAUUUUAGAAGUUAUGCCAAUCCAAAUCAAAGGAGUGAAUCUGAAGUGUGGUUACAGAAACGUUGCCUAAACAGUGGCAAGCAAACUGAAAGGUUCACUAGCAUCCUUUUCUAUCGGAAACUCCAGGUCUGUUGCAUUGAGGUGUAAGAGUUUGUUUGCAGUAGACCGGCAGUAUCUGAGUUAGAAGUGCAAGUGGAAACGAGGUGUCUCUGAAGAAAAGGCCACAGCACACGAGCACCCAACAUUCCGAGUUCAAGUGCCACAGGGUCAUGAAAUCUUGCGUCAUCACCUAGAGUUCCUGUCUGUGUCAGUGCAUAGUUCUGAUAUUUAAGCCAUAUGCUAAGUGUGGGGAAGAAAUGUACAAAAUGUUUUUGAUUAACAAACUACCAAAAUGCUACGUUCAACCAUAAUCGUGAAGUAACCAAUUUUUGCAGCACUCACAAAUCAAUAGCAGCAGGACCUAUACAUAGGUGUUACUACCUGGACAACACAACCCACCUGUGUGUGUGUGUGUGUGUGUUUGUGUGUUUCUUCUCUUUUAAGUAUAUUCACAAUUGAGUCUCUGUCAUU